GUUAGGUAUAUAAACAUCCGGAUUUUGCGAUUUCUCGUUACACAUUUUGCAAUUCCAAAAGUAAACAUGAACACUUCAAUCGUCGUCUUGGUACUCUGCGCUCUAGCAGCUGCAGCCUGGGGAAAGGAAAUUCCGGAGGAGAUACGCGCAGGAACUGCAAAAUGUAUCGAGAUAACUGGUCUAGAUCCAGAUGUUUUGAAAUCUCUCCAUGAGACCGGAAUGGAAAAUGCCGAUGACAAAGUCAAAUGUUUUGGUGCUUGCCUCUUGAAACAGAUUGGAGUAAUGGCUGAAGACGGUUCCGUGGAUGUAGAGGCUGCGAAGUCACUCGUUCCGAGUGACAUGCCAAAUCAUGACAGGAUUGUGGAAUUUAUUGAAACAUGUCAUGCUGAGAAAGGAGCCAAUGAGUGUGAGACAGCCCAUGCCAUUGGAAUGUGCAUGCACAAGAAUCGUGUAUUUGAAGACUAAGGGAUGUAAACAAAAACGACAACUUAUGGAAUCUCUUUGAAGGCUUGGACAUAAUGCAUCAUCGUAUUAUAAAAUCUACUCAAUUUUCUCCAGUUAAAUCAUUUUUCAAAAUAUGAAUACCCUGAAAAGUCAGUUUUAAAAGAGCUCCUUCUGAGCACUUGGAUUCAUUUUCCAAAGUGUUGUAAUUCAUUUUAUUCUUUGAAUAAUUGUUAAUUGAAAUAAUAUAGUAAUUAUUCUAUCUUC